AUGGACGCGCAGACUCAUCCGCAUCCGACAUCUGCAACCCGAAAGUACCGCAGGCGCACCGUCGCCGCCAGCCUCCUUUUAGCGCUGGUGUUACUUUGGUGCCAACUGCGCGGCUAUCCCAGUCCAAUUACCGCCCCUGCCAGCUGCCAGUAUCAUGCAGCAGACCCUGGGUACCAAUGGAAUCACAAGCGGGAUGCCAACACUCUUGUGCUCGGCGCUGAGCAAUGUCAGUCGGCUUUCCCAGGCCUCUUCGCGGAGAUUGAUCGCGCGAAACAAGAGCGGGCGCAGCGCCCUAUAAGCCUUGCAGAAAUCGAUUCCGUCAUACCCAAAAACGGAUACAUCCGUGCGAUGAUUUACGACCAACAACUCUAUGUUAUUGCUGUGAAUGGAACUAUAUACUCCCGGGAAAUUGCGACGCUGCACGCCCUACACCGAGCAAUUGUCUCCUCUCCCGACCCGCUCCCAAAUAUAGAAUUCGUCUUCAACACCGACGAUAAAGUUGAUCCAGUUGCGCAGUGGGGUUACGCCCGGCGCGAACAGGAUACAAACCUAUGGCUUAUGCCUGAUUUCGGAUACUGGUCCUGGCCCGAGACAAAAGUUGGAACCAUGCAAGAAGUUCAAAUGGGGGCCGAACGGGAAGAACACACCUGGGCCUGGUCGAAGAAAAUCCCCCAGCUUUUCUGGAGAGGCGCCACCAUGGACCUGGAGGUCCGCGAGAAGCUUAUUCAAGUCACCAGGGGCCAGCCAUGGGCGGACGUCAAGCCGAUAACAUGGCGUGAUAACGACAGUAUGCAGAACGAUUUGAAAUCAAUGCCCGAACACUGCCGGUUCAAGUACCUCGCUCAGACCGAAGGGAACAGCUACUCCGGGCGCCUGAAGUAUCUCCAGAGCUGCAACUCGGUCGUCAUUUCUCACAGUCUCGAGUGGAUCCAGCACCAGUCUCCUCUCAUGAAGAGCUCGGGCCCAGACCAGAACUAUGUAGAGGUGCGGAGGGACUGGUCGGACCUACGCGAGAAGAUCGAGUGGCUUGAGGAGCACGAGCAGGACGCAAAGCGGAUUGCACGGAAUAAUAUCAGAACGUUUCGAGAACAGUACCUUACACCCGCUGCGGAAGUUUGCUAUUGGAGGCACCUCAUACGCUCUUGGGCAAAGGUAAGCUUUGAACCGGAGUUUUUCAAGGAAGUUGACGGCAAAAAGGCCUGGCGAGGAGUGCCCGUUGAAUCCUUCCUGUUAAUGCAACGACUGGAAUGGGAUCCUUAUUGA